AUGGACCCACUGGACAUAGACCCAAGCUUCGAGCCUCAGACUCGGGCCCGUUCGAACACGUGGCCCCUGCCGCGGCCCGAGAACUACGUGGAGGCGGACGAGAAGGGCCCGAUGGGGCACUUGCCCCUUCCCGAGGCUCCGAAGAAGAACUCCUCGCGGAGGAAUGCUUGGGGGAAUAUGUCCUAUGCGGACCUCAUCACACAGGCCAUCCAGAGUUCUCCGGAGAAGCGAUUGACUCUGGCACAAAUUUACGAGUGGAUGGUACAGAAUGUUGCUUACUUCAAGGAUAAGGGGGACAGCAACAGUUCUGCUGGUUGGAAG